UCACUCCUCUACUCCCUCCCAUUUUCCUCCUUUCCUCUCAUGCAAAAAUCAAAUCAAACUAACUAUCCAUAAUUCCGGCGGCCGCCAUGGCCGCGAUGACCUGCAGAAAGAGCAGCUUUGUUUCUCAAUCGGAGGAUAAAUUGAAGAAGGCUAUGUCUUUGGUGGCCCGAACUGGCCACGCCCGGUUCAGGAGAGCCCCCACGGCCUCUUUUCCCGGCCCCGGGGAAAAGAAGGUCUACUGCCCCACCCCCAUCCAGCAGGUUCCGGCGGUAGAGAGUAUGACCUUCUCUUACUCCUUUGUCGAUUCGCCGCUUUCUUCUUCCUCCCUCUUCAAGAGGAAGUGCACUUCCUCGGAAAAUGGCAUGUGCUCCAAGAGGAAGAAAUUGAGGAUGAAGAGGGUGGUUAUGGUGCCGGCGAUCAGCAUGAAAAUGGCUGACAUCCCACCUGAUGAUUACUCCUGGAGAAAAUAUGGCCAGAAGCCAAUCAAAGGUUCCCCACAUCCUAGGGGUUAUUACAAGUGUAGUAGUGUACGAGGCUGUCCAGCUCGGAAACACGUGGAGAGAGACGUGGAUGAUCCAACAAUGCUGGUCGUGACCUACGAAGGAGACCACACUCAUAAUCCCUCCAUCGCUGAAACAUCUACUGCCAUCAUCUUAGAAUCUUCUUAAUUUUAUCAAUUAAACUUAGCCUCUGUAUUAUUUAGUUAAUCAAUCUUCAUGAUUUAAUUUAGGACUACACACUAAUUGUGUUACUUAUCUCGAAGGAGAAGUACUAAAUAUAAUCACUUUGUCUCA